AUGCGGCCCGCGGGCCGUACUUUGGGGAUGCCUGCUUUAGAGGCGCAGUCAUCACAAGUGGGAGCAGGGGAUAGCACUGAUGGUCAUCUGAGUAGAAAAUAUGUUGAGGGCGAGGGUACCAUAUGCACCAACGGGAAAGGUGGCAAGGAAGGACCCAGUCGACCCUUUGAAUACCAUCUUGCUCUGGGCCGCGUGCUAGUGUCAGAGGACCCUCUCUGCUACAGAUUUACCAACAGCAGGAAUCAAGAAAAGUUAGCCAAACUUCAGGCUCAGGUCCGGAUAGGGGGCAAGAGUGCAGCUCACAGAAAGAAGAAGGUGGUAUAUAGAACAGCUACAGCUGAUAACAAUAAGCUUCAGAGUUCUAUGAAAAAACUAGCUGUGAAUAAUAGAGCUGGUAUUGAAGAGGUGAACAUGAUUAAAGAUGAUGGGACAGUUAUUCAUUUCGACAAUCCCAAAGUCCAAGCUUCCCUUUCUGCUAGCACCUUUGCAAUUACUGGUCAUGCAGAAACCAAACCAAUCACAGAAAUGCUUCCUGGAAUAUUAAGUCAGCUUGGUGUUGACAGCUUAACAAGUCUUAGGAAGUUAGCUGAACAGUUCCCAUGGCAAGUCUUAGACAGUAAAGCACCAAAACCAGAAGACACCAACGAGGAGGAGGAGGAUGUUUCAGAUCUUAUAGAAAAUGUUGAGGAGGCAUCAAAGAUGAAGGCUAACUAA